CUGGCGUUUGCUGGCUGAAUGCGUGUUAAAUGUGGCUUAACAAGACGAUCUGACCAGCUACUUCUAACUCACUGUACAUGGCAUUUAUACCUUUUUGUUUUUAACAAUGCGUGGCGUCAUUUCAGCAGAGUGUCCCCAUCUUACUGCAGUGAACUUUGAGAAAACACUGGUUUCUGAUGACUUGUUGGCUCACUACUUCAAUGAUUUCCUAAGUUUGCCGUGUUUUCCAGAGGUUUUGCUUUACAACCAGGAAACUGGGUUGUUUGAGGUGGAAAGUGGAGCAGCCGAGUUUGUCUCCAGAAAAAUUAGAUUAGGCCUAAACCACAGCAAAUCCCGGCUUCUUAUGGGUGACCCCAUGGAGUUGGCCAGAACUCCUCCAGUAGACAACCGGUACACAGUCCGUUGUCUGGACAGAGAGCGAGGGAUCCAGUGGGUCAUGAAAGAAAGACUGCAUUUCUUCCUUCAGAGCGAUUACUAUUAUGAAUACAGACUGGCCAAGAUGUUAUUUCAGAGGAGUCCAAACCUCUGCGUCCAGAGGAGGUCAGUCAGCUCAGUACAAACCACCUUUUCAGCUACAAGUCUGCAGUUUUCCUCCAAAGUUUCCCAGGAAAAGAAGAAUGGAUCUGCCAUUACUCGUCUUCCCACCUACCAGACUGAAUUUAUUUACUUUAAUUCUUCCAGAUGCUCCUCUGCCUUUUCCUCCUUCUCCUUGUCUUCCAACCUUAAAUAUGAGAAACCACAAGAGCUUCACAGCCUCUCAGAGCCAUUGGACAGCAUGUUGGAAGAGCCCCCCAUCCAAGAACCCAGUAGCCAGAAUCCUAAAUCUUCAGAAUUGGAGCUGGAGCGUCUGUCUGCCAAAGUGGUUCAGCAGGUGCUCAAUGAAGCGGUGAGAGUGAUGGAUGGACAGAACCAGGCAAACACUUGUGACUGUUUCACCGAGUCAAGAGAGGAGACAAAGUGUUGCUGCACAGAUGGACGCCUCGAAUGUAAAGUUUACCAGGAUUCAGCUGCUGAGGACCGAGAUGAAGUACAGGGGAAGAAAGAGAAAGUUCAAGAGGGAAAUAGGGUCAGAACAGCCACAGAAAAGGCAGAAUGGGAGAAGACAGAUGGGCGAACACAGCAGGAAAACGGCCCUGGGGUUUGUUGUCAUGAUAUUUGUUGUCAUGGUAACAGAUCAGGCUUGGAUGAGUUUAAGGCGUUCUUGCAAGGAACACCCGGAGAUAAACUACUUAAUCUAUGGAUGGAUAUAGAGAGACUGAAAACCACCCAGAACAGAGAGCGGAAGAACAGGUAUUUGGGCCUGAUGAGGAGCAGAUACCUACAGAGCAGCAGCCAGAGCUGUUUGCACGUGGAGCUGCUCUCUAGACUGGGCCUGAACACCUCCCCCUGCUGGACAGAGGAGAAACUACAGUCAGUUCAACCGACCAUCACAGAGUCUCUGCUCUUCUACUGGGUUCCACGGUUCUGGACGUCCCACUUUGUUCAGGCAGACCAUGUCAUCUCUCCUCCCAUCGGUCUUCGGACAGAGAGUCGUAUUCGUCCUACAUCAGACAUAUCACCUCAUCAUAACUCUAUAACUCUGCCUCUACUCUGUCCUAAACCAUGUCUACCCAGAACCCCCCACACUGCUCAGACACAGUUCUAUUCCAGCCGAUUUCAGUUACUGGGAAGCAGAAGAAUGGAGCAGAUGAUACAGGCUCUAUGUUCUGACUCAUGCAGCGGUUUGUACUUCACGCACUUCUGUGAACAAUCUGGAAACCAGCUGUGGGAGGAUGCUGUUUACUUCUGGACUGACCUGCAGCAUUACCACGAGCUGUUCUACCAGGACGGACUGGACCCGUACAGGGUUCAGAGAGAGGCACAGCUCCUUUACUCCACCUUUCUGUCCAGCUCUGCCCGGAGGAGCAUCGGGGUGGAUGAGGAGAUCAGGAGGGAGGUGUAUAACCGACUGGUGCCGGCCUUCGAGGAGCUGUUUGACGAGGCCGAGGAUCACAGUCUGAACAUCCUGCUGGAGCCCUGGACGCUGCUGAUCAACGGGGACAAAGAGUCAUUUCAGCAGGUGCCGGUGCAGGAGGAGACACGACGAGUCGACAGUCAGGAGUACAGAGAACUACAAAGUCUGUAUGAGGAAUCAGAACGGCAGCUGAAACAGAUAGAACAGUACAGUGCUUUGCUGUUUCCUCCUGUUCCUCCCUCCACUCUGUUCUCCAAAGGCCCCCUGGCGUCGGGUUCUUGGUCCAAUGUGUCGUCGCCGUACCAGGGAUACCGUCUGGGAUCAUUACUCCGUCACCGGCAUGAGAUCGGACACUUUAUGGCCUUUCUUCAGAACCAGGAUGCCGGCGUCCAUCUGGCGUGCUGGCUGGAUUUGGAGCAGUACCGGAGGACUCCUCAGAGGGAUAAAAGUGUCAGACAGGAGAGAUCCACUCACAUCUCAACUAAAUACCUCAACAGGAACUACUUCUUUGGCCCUGACAGCCCAGCCUCCAUCGAACAACAGAAUGAUAUUCUGCGCUUGGCCGGUGGGAUGGAGCGUCUGAAGUUACAGUGUCUGUCAAACCCCGUCGUCAUGGAGAUCCAGGACGUCGUCAGGACUCACAUCGAGGAAACAUGGCUGCCUCAGUUCCUGUCGACGGAGGAGUUCAUAGAACGGCAGAGCCACAAGCCAAAGCCCGCAGCAUCGCACCGACACUCGCAGCACGUCCACCGGCGACGUACGACGAGGAGGGAAGCCUGGAAGACCAACGGUUUGUGGAUGAGUUCGUCCAAAGAAAUCCUCCUGUUUCGGCGGAUCCUCCUGAAUCCCGUCACCUGUCUGCAGUUCCAGUACUUUGUGUCCCUGAAGGGGGAUUUUCUGGAGAAUGACCUGCUGUUCUGGCUGGAAGUGCAGAGAUACAAGGACCUGUGUCAUUCCCACAGCGAUGAAGCCACCAUCCAGAGGAAGAUCUCCACCAUCAUCAGCUGUUUCAUCAACUCAUCGAUGCCCCCCAGUUUACAGAUCGACAUCCCCCCCGAACAGGCCCAGCACAUCCUGGAAAACCGACACAAGCUCGGCCCGUACAUCUUCAGAGAGGCUCAGAUGUCAGUUUUCAAUGAGUUGCUGAAGUUUUGGCCCGAGUUUGAAGAACUCCGAAGCAGCGUCCAAGAGGAGCAACUCCUGCCUUUACUGGAGGAGAAACGAGGGAAACACAGAGCCAGACUGAGGAGACAGAGGAGAAAAGAGGAAGAGGAGGAUGAAGAGAACGAGAGGAGAGCCCGGGAAGAGCUGGAGACGCAGGAGAUCAGUUUUCGAGACAAGGAGGAGGUGGAUGAUGAUGAUGACGAAGACGAGGCCGAGGAGAGGAGCCUCGACAGAAGGCCAUCGAUGACGCAGAGCAGACUGCUGUUCUCUCCCACCGAGGCGUUGUCGUGGUCCUACUCCAAAUACAUGGCAGCUCUGAAGAGGGAGGAGGUGCUGCUGAAGAGACAGAGUCAGAUGGACGCCUCCUUCUCCACAACAUCAGAUUCGUCGUCGUUCUGCAGCGUCGGGUCAGCUGACCUCAAACCCGGCGGCCACAGGCAGACGUCUCUUCGCUCCAGAGCCGACAGUAAACGCAACAGAUACAGCAGGACUGGGGUGAGAGCCUGUAACAUAAAAUGAAACCGCCAUCACUGGAGCAUGAUGGGAGAAAACUCAGCACCAAACCACAAAUGAAGGAUGGAGAGGUUUCAGGUUGGAUU